AUGUCAUCGAUUGGGUCAAUGAAGUCUCACUGGAAUAAAAGCCACACUCCGUAUUGUGGUGCCAGUGAUGCCUCCAUCAGAUUCACAUCUGUGGCCGUUUCUCCAUUCCCAAUCAAGUACCCUGGGUCAGAGAGUGUUCAGAUCGAUGUGACUGUUGUGAAGGACAUACCGGUUGAAGACUUUACUUUUGUCAUAACAGCUAAUAAGUUGACCCCCUAUACAAUGGCCAUCCCCUGUAUCAAAGAUUUUGGAUCAUGUAAAUAUGAUUACUGCGAGUACGCGAAGAAAGAGACCAAAGACUUGUACACAAUCUUCGCGCCCGUCAAGUGUCCCCUCACUGCCAAUAAGUACUCGUUUGAUCUGAAGGACAGGAGUUUGCCUGAUGUGGGGGAUGUGUUCAAGAAGGUCCUGGAGGGUGAAUUUGAAGCGAACGGUACUUAUAUAAACUCGAAGACCGGACAAGUCUAUGGCUGUCUUUACGGCAAAUUUGAAGUGAAAUUAUAAACUUAAUUAAUGUAUCCCUUUAAAUAAAAAUUAAGUUUCUAUCCACCUGGUUUUUAUUUUAUAUUACAAAAAAUA